AUGAUUUUAUCCCGUGUCACUCAAAAUGGAGCCUGAAAAAGGCUCCUCAUUCAGAACCCAAUGAGGUACAAGAGAACAUUUAAUCCAAUGAAAUCCAUUCAGCAGGAGCUUAAGAUAAACGAGAGUAUGCUCAUUAGUAAGCAGGAGUUUGAAGAGGUUGAAGCUACUGGAGUGCCAUUCCUACUCCACAACAAGCAGCUUAUGAAAAACAACCCUAAUAAUCCAAAUGCUGGAGAAUCUUUCCUUGAGAAUAUUAAAGUGUAUGAAGAAACUCUUGAUGAUACUUCAAAGAAGUUCUACUUGACCAAAAUAGCUAACAAAGGAAAAUGAACUGCGAGGGGUACGAAAUUUUACAAAGAUCGGACAGUUAAAAUUCGGCCUGAAAACUUCCGUAAAACAGUGGAUGGACAAUCUCUGUCCCUGCUCUCAAUAGAUACAUCAGGAGUGGACAAGAGUCACUAUGGAGACUUCACCCUCUACGCAAUGUUGAAAUUGGCUGCCCAAAAAGGCGUCUGAAAUACCUUCAAAACCUCGAAUCACUGUAGAAAUGGCCGAAGUGAGAGGAUCCUUGGAAGAGUGAUUGACACUUUGAUCAAGAAAUAUGGGUAUUCGAGAGAAGAGUUCAUGCUUAUUACUGAAAGUGGAAAAUUGUAUGAAGAUGAUAUCUCCAACACUCCAUCCCUCCUCACUAUUGAAAACCUAAUCUCCAACAGACAAAUGCACUACACAGAUGUUGUCUCCAUGAGCAACUACUGUAUCCACCCAGCUUACCUCAAAAUUCAGCUUGAAAAUACUCUUCAAAACAUGAUGGUCUCAACUAUGGAUGUAAACCUGCUCCAUUACCCCCUCGAAAAUAUUGCUUGUGAGCAUAAUAAGAAAGAGACAUCCUACAGAGUCCAAAAGGCCUUCGAGUUCUACGAAGAGAUGAUCCUUGCUGGCAAGCUCAGGUCCUAUGGCAUGACAUGCAGGCAAGGGGCAACUCCACAAAUUACAGAACAAGGCAUGGAACAUCUGAAACAGAAAUAUCCAAACAUUACUGAAGGAAUUAAUAAGAUCGCCAAGGCAGAGCUGAUCCUGGAUCUCCAGGAAGUCACUGCCCUUGCUGAAGCUGUCGGUGGUAAGAAUCAUGGAUUCAGAUAUGUUGUCACCCGGUUGUCUAAAGAUGAGCAUCACCCACUCAUAACUAGAUAUAUAAAGCUCAAGAAGGGAAGUCCAGAUAUGUCCUACUACGAUGAUGAGUUCUUCAAAAACAUUGAUGUAGUCUCCAUGGCAGAAUACUGUAAAAUGAACAAAAUUAACUUAAUUGGUCAGAACAAUAGGCAUUCCAAAAAUGAUUCUAUUAGCAAAGAACUGAAUCUGAGUCAUAGAGAUCAGCAAAAGGCCUUUAACCUACACAAGAACAUCACUUCAGUGGUUCCUUUUACCAAGUCAUGAGUGAGCAUCACACAUGAUUUCAUUGAUUUCGCAACCUUCCAAUUCUUCAUCCAGAAAUAUAACGCACCCUUGAGGCACAGCAGAUAUGCUAAAGCUAAGUUUAAUCAGAUUGAGUUCGAAACCUAUUUCAGCCCAGAAGAAAUCAAGAAGAUGGAGGAACGCGGUAAGAAUAUGACUGAAGAAGAGUGGCUUAAAGAGCUUGAAAAGGCAGAACAGGCUUCUAAGAUGACAUAGGCAGAAGGACCU